GUUUGGCCCUCGGUGGCUUCCGUCCAGGAGCUGUUCCGGAAGAAAGUUUCUGGUCUGGGGUCUGGGGGUCUGACUCCAGAACUUGCCUAGUGAUGGAGUUCGACUGCGAAGGUGUGAGGCGGCUGCUUGGCAAGUACAAGUUUAGGGAUCUAACUGUAGAAGAACUGAAGAAUGUAAAUACAUUUUUCCCACAUUUCAGAUACUCCAUGGACACAUAUGUUUUUAAAGAUAGUUCCCAAAAAGACCUGCUGAAUUUUACUGGCACUAUUCCUGUGAUGUAUCAAGGUAAUACAUAUAACAUACCAAUUCGUUUCUGGAUUUUGGAUUCUCACCCUUUUGCUCCCCCCAUUUGUUUCUUGAAGCCAACUGCAAAUAUGGGAAUCUCAGUUGGAAAACAUGUGGAUGCUCAAGGCAGAAUAUACUUGCCCUACCUCCAAAACUGGAACCAUCCCAAAUCUGUCAUUGUUGGAUUAAUUAAAGAAAUGAUCACCAAGUUUCAAGAAGAACUGCCCCUGUAUUCUGUAUCAUCAUCUGAUGAAGCACGGCAGGUGGACUUGCUAGCCUACAUUGCAAAAAUCACGGAAGGUGUCUCAGACAUAAAUUCAAAGAGUUGGACAAAUGAAAAGACAGUCAAUAAGAUUACUGUGGUUGGAGGUGGAGAGUUGGGUAUUGCCUGCACAUUAGCUAUCUCAGCAAAGGGCAUUACAGACAGACUGGUCCUCUUAGACCUUUCUGAAGGAACUAAAGGUGGGACGAUGGAUCUUGACAUCUUCAACCUGCCCCAUGUGGAGAUCAGCAAAGAUUUGUCUGCCUCUGCUCAUUCCAAGGUGGUAAUCUUCACUGUCAACUCUCUGGGUAGUUCUGAGACCUACCUUGAUGUGGUACAGAACAAUGUGGAUAUGUUCAGAUCCCUGGUCCCAGCUCUGGGACAUUAUAGUCAGAAUAGUGUCCUGCUUGUUGCCUCUCAACCAGUGGAAAUCAUGACCUAUGUGACAUGGAAACUGAGUGCAUUUCCUGCAAAUCAAGUGAUUGGAACUGGAUGCAAUCUGGAUUCACAAAGAUUACAAUAUGUUAUUACAAAUGUUUUAAAGGCACAGUCUUCAGGCAAGGAUGUAUGGGUUAUUGGAGAGCAGGGAGAAGACAAAGUGCCCACAUGGGGCGGCCAAGAGGAAGGAAUGAGUGAUAGCUCUCAGGCACAGCUGUCUAACAGAGCCAUGGAAAUACUAAGAGUAAAAGGUCAAAGAUCCUGGUCUGUUGGCCUGUCAGUGGCUGACCUGGUUGACAGCAUUGUGAACAAUAAAAAGAAAGUACAUUCGGUGUCAGUUUUAGCAAAGGGAUAUUAUGAUAUACCUAAUGAAGUGUUUUUAAGUCUGCCUUGCAUCCUUGGAGCAACUGGGGUAUCUGAAGUGAUCAGAAACACAGUGAAAGAAGACACAGUGGCUAAGAAACUGCAGAGCAGUGCACACACAAUCCAUGGUCUCCAACAACAGUUAAAACUUGGAUUCUCAAGUAUAGUUACCUAAAAGGGAAGAAAGGUCACUUAAUUUUUCCAGCACAGAUAAGUUUGAGAAGUUCUGUAUCUUAUCCUUGCUUGGUUAAGGUAGAUAGUUUCUUGGUAGCUUUCUAAUUUGAGUCUUUAAGAAGUUAAAGUGAUAAAUCUGAUUUUGGGGGGGGAUUCUUGACAUUAUUAUUCUGUUCUUUAAACCUACAACAAGGAUAAAUAUUACUCUUCAGUGUAUAUAACUUUGAAUUGUAUAUCCUAAACUCAAAGCACAUUUAGCACUUUGGAAAUGUCCUGUAAGAAAUACAUUUUAAACAAUUUCUCUUUGACAUUUAUAAUAAACAUGAUGAAUAGAAAGGCUAGAAUGGGCCUUACUUAUAAAAUCAGUAUUGAGUACACAUUCCAAAGAUUUCAUAGCUCAAGGUAUUAAUAUUUCUUUUGCAAAAUCCAGUUGGCAAAGUAUUUUAUUUUCAUUCUUCAAAUUCAUUAGCUACCAAAAGCUAGAAAAGAGGAACUAGUAGAAUGGCUCAAGUGGUAGAGCACUUGCUUAGCAAGCAUAAAGCUCCAAGGUUAACCCCCAGCAUGUCUAAAAACAAACACCAAAAAUUUGUCAAAAAUAAUUUUU